AUGACAUUUGCAGCCGGGACAUCGCUUGGUUCGAGUUUUUUUGGUAAUAAAUCUACAGCACCAACGUUGACGUUUGGCACUCCUGCAGUUGCUGCUGCGUCAUCUGCAUUUUCAUUUGGCGCACCAAAAACUACUGCCACAACAGGUAUGUUAUUGAAGGCGUACACAUGAUGAUUAUCAGAGGUCGUUCAUUUAGUAUGUACAAUCUCACACAAAUUAGGUGGAUUGGGAGGGGGGGGAGGGAGGGGAGGACAGGCUGUUUGUGUUGAAUGUUUGUGUUGGUUGUACUGAAGUCUAGUCAGCAUAUUGAACACCAUCAGGUAAAACAGGGUGCGAAAUAACAGCCGGUCAACGGACAAUGUCUGGCCAGAAUGCGGAGUUGUCCAGUCAAAUUCUUACCUUGCCGGUCAAUUUUGACCGGUCACUUUCGGUAAAAUGUCAAACUAAUCUUCAUUUGAAUUAAUAAUCAAAACAAAGUUGUCAAGUAUUAUAAUUAAAAACCAUAAGAUGUUGUCGAAUAUUUUGCAGGAAAAGAACUUCAAUGUACGGCAGCUUUCCCACGUCAAAGCCCAUGGCCAUGCUUUUGGCUUAAGAGUUAAAGGUCAUGCUUUUAGCGCAGUGCAAGCUGUUUUAUGGGCCUUUAUGUGAAGGAGUUUUUAAUUACUGAUUACAGUAUAAGACUUUUUGUAAUGCUAAAAAAAUGGGAAAAUAGUCCCAUUUUUAGGGAAAAUAGUCACACCUUUAGGGGUAUACUUUACUUGGCUUUGCUUUAAGCUGAAUAAUUUGACCGACCAGAAAUUCGGUAUGUCCAAGCUAAAAUUGAGUUGGCCGGUCACCUUGACCGGUGACCCUGCAGCCGUUAUUUCGCGCCCUGCUUUACACUGCCACUGGUGAACAUUACUGAGUCUGAAGUAGCACUGUGGUCAAACAUCAGGCGCAUGUGCGAGUAUAUGGAAACGGCCGGGAAAAAUGUCUGCCAAAAUAAUAGUAAAUAUGGAAAAAGAAAAGUGUUUACUUUAAGGAAUUAUAUAAGGAAAUGGCUAAUUGUACCGAUUAAUCGGCUCAUCCCUAGUUAAUUUAUGUUAAUUUAGUUUUGUUUUAUAUAACACUAACUCUUUUAAUAUCAAAAUACCGCAUAUUAACGUAAACUAAAAACAUUUUAAUUAAUGCGGAUUGCUUCUAGGUCUUUUAAAACAUGAUUAUAUUACCACGAAUCUGAUCUCCAUGGUUGACAAAUUAAUUAAAUUAACACGAAUUGGAAAAUAUAGACACAACAACAACAAAGGUUUAAUGUUAAGAGGAGCAUUAAGAUGCUCCUCUUAACAUUAAACUUUGUUGUUGUUGUGUCUAUAUAUUUUCCGAUUCGUGUUAAUUUAAUUUGUCAACCAUGGAGAUCAGAUUCGCGGUAAUAUAAUCAUGUUUUAAAAGACCUAGAAGCAAUCCGCAUUAAUUUGAUGUUGCGUUAAUUUAUGUUGCGUUAAUAAAGUGCAUUGUUAAUUUCCUAUAAUAAGGUAAUUGGAAGUGUCGCAGAUGUUUUGUCCAGGAUUGUAGACUAGAAGCAAUCCGCAUUAAUUUGAUGUCGCGUUAAUUUAUGUCGCGUUAAUAAAGUGCAUUGUUAAUUUCCUAUAAUAAGGUAAUUGGAAGUGUCGCAGAUGUUUUGUCCAGGAUUGUAGGUGUGAGAUUUCGGCUAUAAGCCUGUAAAUAUACAUACAUACUGUAUGUAGAUAAUGCAACAAAAUAUGUCUCUUCUAAACCAUUACCAAAUAUUAGUGAUGGGUGAUACCAGGAUUUUUAAUUCAAUAGACGGCCAGGUGUACACUCGCUAUACACUGUAAAUAAACCCCGAACAGAACAAAGUUUUUGUGAUGAAAAAUAUAUCCAGAGGCUUUGUUUUGAAUGAAUUGAGACAACUCAAGCGAAAUAAGGCUACUGCAUGGAGCUGACAAACUUCCACCUGGAAUGUUGAAGGAUAUCAGGGAAUAUAUAGCUGAUCCUUUGUGUUAUAUUUUAAACCUUUUGGCGAAAACUUCCAUAGUGCCUCUAAGGUGGAAAACAGCAAGUAUAUAUGUCAAUCUGGGUCUAGAGAUCAACCAGAGAACUUUCGCACAAUAUCUGUCUUGCCUGUGUUGUCAAAAUUGCUGGGAAGGCUGUAUACCGGCAGUAUAUGAGUUUCCUGGAGGAAGGAAAACUCUUAUCAGAUUGUCAAUUCGGCUUUAGGUCAAAGUGGUGGACAUAUCUUGCUGCGACUUUAUUCAUUGAUGAUAUACAAAAUGAUGUCGACAAAGGAAAUCAGGGGCAAAUUUAUAGGUCUUAGCAAGGCUUUUGAUAUGAUUAGUCAUGACGUAUUGCUAGCUAAAUUGCAAGCGUAUGGAGUUCAAGGCAUGGUCAACAGAUUACUUGUUUGGUCGGCAACAAUAUGUUCAGCUGGGGGUUGAUACAGUAUGUCAUCAAAUCAGCCAUUAUGUUGUGGAGUCCCUCAGUGUUCGAUAAUGGGUCCUUUGUUAUUUAUGGUCUUCUAUAAUGGUUUGACAGAUUUGAAAACAAACUCGCGAGUCGUACAAUAUGCUGAUGAUACGGUUGUCUAUUGUCCAGGUAUAUUGUCACAGGAUAUGGAUUUAAUGGCCAACUAUUUUGAUGAGAAUGAAUUAAUAAUGAACCUAAAGAAGGAAAAUUGGAGGUGAUGUUUUUUGGUACGGCAAAAAGAUUGUCUUUGCAAUCUCGGGAUAUUGGUGUGAAGUAUAUAAAGGUGAAUCCUUAAAAACAACAGCGGCCUACAAAUAUCUUGGAUUAUGCUCUUGACCCAUGUCUGACACUUUGCAAAAAUUUGAUGAAUAUUUGAUGAUGCUUAUAAGAAAGCAAGUAAUCGCUUACGAUUGUUAUCAAAACUGCGUCAUCCUGUAACUACUGUUGUUGCGUACAAGAUAUAUGAUGACUGUCCCAAUUUUAACGUACAGUACAUGCAUGCAGUGGCGUACGAAAGAAAUUAUUGUAUCUGAAAUAUAUGGUCCGCCUCUGGAUAAACUGAUCAAAAGGAAAGCCUGUGUGAUUGUGAGAAAGUGCUUAGUGAAUGAGAUAUGUAGUAACUUUUCCGGCUAUUUUCAAGUUGUUUGUGAUGUUACUCUGAGUGUGCAUCCACACCGGGCAAGCUGAAAAGUUUGCUUGGCCACGGUGGGAAUCGAACCCGCGACCUUUGGGAAAUACUAGUCCAAUACUCUGCCAACUGAACUACGCGGUCAAGUCGGUUCGAGUUGGUGAUGGUGCCGAAAAUUACGCGGUCAAGUCGGUUCACUAUUGUGAUGGUGGCGAAAAUUCACACGAAUCAAUCAGUCAGUUAUAGAGUAAACUUUCCGGGGGGUGUAUACGAUUUAUGUUCGUAGUGAUAUAUUGUACUUAGUCAGCACUUUGAAGGUUAUUUAGGCAAUUUCAGUUGUCUUAUUUAAAUAUUCUUUUAUUCUUUUGCCAAGUUCACAAAAAUUUCGAGGAAUCGCUUUCGUUAUUGUAAUUUUUUGUAAAUUUUGUAACAUUCGCUUCUCAUGUUAUGUAAAGGAACUUUACCCCGGAACACCCGAUUUUUUCUUUAGUAGCGCUAAUGCAAUUCCAUCAGACGAAUAAUACGUAAACAAAGUUCUAUUAAACAGAAGCGGGUGUUUGUACAGGCGUUUACGAAGAAAAUAACUUGCGAGACUAAAGAAAUCAGUUGAGUCAGAGCUCCUUAUUUAAAUAAGAAAGACGAGGAGAUAGCCAAUGUGUUAUCGCCAACGUGUUUAUAUCGCCAAUCGCUUGGCUCGCCAACAAGCUUUAUGCAAUAGAAGAAAAAAUCAAGGAGGUACAUGUAGCCAACGUGUACCGUCACGGACCUUGUUUACUGUCUAGCAUAACGCCGUUAUCAACGGUGCAAACUCGUGUUCAGUGCAACGAUAACUCUACCAGAUCUUACGAGAAUCAAUCUGUAGUAUUCUGUACAUAGAACUGUAUCAAAGCUUGUCAAAACUGCUUUAAUUAUAUAACUGUGAAACUAUUGAAAUCUAAAGUGACAUUAUUUAAUACAUGCGAAAAGCUGAGAAUAUGACACAACGUGACACUGGGAAAAGUCAAAGGUCAAUGAGACUUGUUAUUAGAUAGCUUAAGAUCUACGACGUCGACGUCAGCUAGGACGUCAGGGCUAUGCAGAGGACUGGGACUAAGAUGUCGUCCUAAUGUAGUCCCUGUCCUCUGCUUAGCCCUGACUUCCUAGCUGACGUCGACGUCGUAGAUCUUAAGCUAUCUAUUGUGAAGCAUGUCACAAUUAGGUUAAAAUGCGGAAGCGGAUGGAGCGGAUCCACGGAACGGAUAUGCGGAUAAAAUACGGAACGGAUGAGGAUAAAAUGGGUCCUUUUAAUGAUGUAACGACGUAGUGCUUAUUAUUCAUAACAUAUCUUAUACAGCUAUUUCGAUUAAAGUUUCAACUAAAAGGAUGAUGGGAAUAAUCAUAGUUUUAGAUAAGUUUAGCAUAUCAGUAGCCUCGUGGGGAUGCUUUUAGCGACAGCUGCAAAUGCAAAUGAAAAUUUAGAAUAUGCAAAAUUUGGUUGUUGGUGAAACAAUUUAAAUAUCGAAUUGUCGCGUGUAGCAUCACAAUAAAUAGAUAAAUUGUAUCAGUUUCAAAAGGCACGUUUCUGGUGUGUUAGGCUUGUUUCAAACGUCACGCUACUCGUGUGCUGAGCGCAUUAAAAGCAAUAGAUAAUGAGAUGAAAUGCCUUUGGUAACUGUUUAUUUCGUAUUUCGUGGUGUAAGCCAUCGGCUUUUCCAGGUUGUCGGCGACCCUAUAUAGUUCUUGCAGUGUCUUUUUCAAUUUGAAACUUCACACUAUCCUUGGAUCCCUAGUUAAUAAUGUAUCUCUAGUUAAUAUCCCUAGUUAAUAUGAGUUUAAUGAUUUUUAGAUAUGAUUUUUUUCUGUGUUGGUAUAGUAUGGUGUAGUUAGUAUAAAGAGGACACAUAUUGAUAACAGUAUAUAGUUUUUACUGAAAUGUCUAUCCUCUGUAAAAAUUCUUAAAUAUAAUAAAUAAAUUCAGGCCUAUAGCUAUAGUGGAGUAACCAGAUAUAUACUGUCUCAAUAUACCAGACAGUAUUCCUAAAAUUCCAGGCUACACUACCUCUAUUUGCCUGAAUACUUAAUCUUGAGUAAAUUUAGGAUACUUUAUACCCGUACUUCAAUCUAUUUUAACAAUAAAAUACUGUAUACCAAAAGUAAAAUGGUCUAAAUACCAAUAUACCCGAAACCCCUGGCCGUGCUUGCCUAUAUUGACAUUGUUUCUAAUGUUCAAAUAUACAGCUAGAACUAAACGCAUUAUUUAAAGUGGUCUGCCGGCACCUGAAAUGAAGUGACCUCCGUGACCUAUGAAGUGACCUCCGUUUAUGAAAAUGUUCAUUUCGGUAACAAUACAGUACAGGAUUAAUGAUAGUGUUAAGAAACACGACAGUUCUUGUCCACGGGGCAAAAUAAUUCACAGUCAAGUAUCCUAUAUCGUAAUACGACGCAUGCGUAAACAGUAAUAGAGCGGGAAGGUUACACAUGAAUAGAGAACCCAAGAUGGUGAACAUUCGAAUAAUUGUUUUCCUUUCACGACGACUUAAGGAUACAUCUUGUGCAAUAGUACGAAAUUGUGAGGCAGUUUUGGACGUGGGAUUCUCACGAGUUAUUUUGAUAUUUGCGUUGUUGCUGAUCUGUGAUGAAAUUUCGCUUCGGUUUCUAUCUAUAUGAAAAGAAAAGUGUAUUAUUUUGCGCUUUAGAAAGAAUAUGUGGAGUAUUUGUUCCAGGUUCAACAGUUGGUGUCAUAUAUGCAUGGGUGUCUUUCAUCUCUGUGAACGGGGUUUGUUCCUGCAAUUUGUAGUGGCUUAUUGAACAUCUAAGGAAAACAGUCUCUAUCUUAUAGAGUUAUCCAGUAUGAAUAACGUUACUGUUAGUUAACAGAGGUGAAUAUUAAAGCUUAUGAGAUCACAGCACCCAGGUUUAUAUCAGACAUGUUUCGUUGCUCUAGUUUAGGUAAAUUAAUGCAAUUCCUGAACAAACUGUAUUCACGACCCAACGUUUACAGUCCAGUGACUUCAUUAGGAUUGACAGGAAUGACCAAAAGUUGCAACUUGGCGAUGACGUCAUAGUCAAAGGCAUUGCACGUAAAUAUGGAUCAUUGUGCAUUGAAUUGUAAAGAUGCAUGGUAGCUUACAGUGUAUCUAUACCAUAGAUAUCUUAUAUACACUAGAUAGCGCAUCUCUUUUAGUAAAAUUGAAGUCAAGAAUAUUCCAGCGUUUACCCCCAUUUUAACAGAUGGCGGCCAUGUUUGGUAGUUGCCAUUUGCUAAUAAACGCUUAAAAAACAACAAUAACUUUCAUCAUUUGAAUAGUUUAAAAAUGUAUUUGGAAUAUGUUUAACUUAAUGUUUAAGUUCCCUGUUUAAGAAAUAGAAAACAUACGAAUCUUUUCAUUUCAUUUCAUGGGAAUAUCCUGAGUCUGCAAUCACGGCUUCAAUUUUUGAAUUGCAGAAUAAUUAGAUGCACUAUCUAGUGUAUAUAAGAUAUCUAUGAUCUAUAUACCACGAGGGAUUUAGGUAUUGUAAGGAUUAAGGAGAUUAACGUUGGGACUGUGGAUCACUCCCUCCUGAUGGAGUGUCAAAAAUUAGAUUACAUUAGUUUAUACUUAAACCAUGAGAGUAACGAAACAUGUCAUAAAAUAAUGAAGUUAAUUUAGGUUUCCUCCUGUAGUAGUAACACUAGAGAACAAUAGACAGAGCUAACCAUGCAGUAUAAAUUUGGGUUAACAGAAGGAAAAAUAUUACCUGUAAUAUUUUGACGGUCGAGAAUCUUUAACUCUGUUUCACUUUGUUCAACUUUAUCAAUCCUUGAAUCUUUUUUCUCGCGCUGAAUCCCAAGAUUUUCCAUGGACCUUGCACAAACAAAUGAUAAACUAGCUUUCUGUUUUUUCGUUGUUUGUUGUCUUUUCUUACAUCUUCGACAGACAAAGUAAAUUUUAACAUAUACAGCUAGAGCGUAAGCUAAGCUGACCCCGAUAGUACUUGCGGUUAUCGUUCGAAAAAACGUCCUGUUAUUUACAACAUGAAUCAUUACUACCACAGAGCUUCCCCAGAAAACAAAAACACUUAAGCUUAUGCCAACUGCAUGAGCUUUCCGCAAAUGCACGCGAUGCCUUAUAGGAAAAACAACAGCUAACAGUCUCUCCGAUGUUAAAACAACUGCAGCCAUAAAGAAGCCAAAUCCAGCGAACACUGCAAAAAUGGUUUUGCUCGCAUUGUGCAGUUGGCACACAAAUAUUUUUUGAAGUUUUAAAACCACGCUUGUGAUAAAAACAGGCUGCGAUAUAAUGCUUUGGAACAGGUCGAAUGAAGCAAGUAGAAAGAGUAAGGUGUUCGAUACAGGCUGUCUUGAUUUCGUCUUCAAAUAUCUGUAUACUACAAAUCCAUUUGAAAGCAAACUGAGUAUUACAAUUAAAAUAUUCACACAACAAACUGCUACGUCGCUUGCAAAUAAUGACGUGGAAUUCGCAUUUCGUACUUCACUAGUAUACCAACAUCCUUUGCUGUUGAACAUUUUUAGAAAGAGCAAACAACUUGAAUGUCCGUAACAGCAGACCAUGUACUACUGUACGACCUGCAAGCAGAAAAGAUAUUCACAAAUUACGUUCCUACUGUAGCUAGAACUAUAGGCGGUGAAAAAUGAAAAACAUUGGCUUAAUAAUUAACGAUUAAUGCUAUAGACAAACAAUGACGCGCCACUACUCAGAAAAACUUGCGUUUCGACAGAUGUUUUGUGACUCUGCAUAUUUAAAAAUACGACAGUAUAUCCGUUCUCAAAAACAGUAGUACAGAUCGCGCUAUUCUACCUUGUUCGUCAGGAUGUGAUCUGUCUUUACCAAUUUUUUAUUUUUAAAUUUAAAAUACAUAUAUUGGGACAUGGCUGGGUUAUCGUCACAGCUCCGAAGGAUAAUAUCCACGACAGCCAACUACGAUGAGCCCUGACACACUUCAAGGAUACAUUCAUCCAUCUCUCGGGUCAUUAAUAUACUACAACAAAUCACAAAUUUACCUGUUUGGAAAUAGCGGGGAAAACGCCCAUCUUUUCGUAUUAGCCUCCUAAUAUAGAGACAAAAGUUUAUUUUAAAUAAAAUGUCAAAACUAUAGUAUAUGAAAUUAUGCUGCUUACGAGCUAUGUGUUUUUAUGUAUUUAAUUAUUUUUCUUACCUGCCUAGUAUGUAUAAUUAAAUUAUGCCCCUUAAUUAAUAUAAUUUUCUCGAUCAUAAAAAUUUAAUUGGCUUUACAAGUUAUUGCAGCCUUGUUGUAUUAACUAUUCAUCAUACAUUAGUAUCAUACAUCAUAUGCAAUAAAGUCGAGAUAAAAGCCGUGCAUAGUCGUCUUCCCUACUAGGGAGUUUUUGAAACAGGUUUGGUACAACAUUUAGGACUUUCUCUACUAGUUCUUGGCCGGAAAGCAGCCAAUAUACAGAAGAAGCCGAAAAGGAGUCAGACGUGGUCUGUGAACACAUGCAGUACGGCUAUGCCCAAUUUUCAUUAGUUAAUAGUUUAUCAACUUUACAAUUGGUCAGUUAUAAGUUUACACUCUGUCUGCGUGUUUGUAUAAAGAUGCAUGAAUACAUAUCUCGUCUUCGAUUUGCUACCCCAGCAAUAGCAAAUUGUUUACGUGUCAAACCAUUGGGGUGAAAAUUCUCAUUUUAAUACGUCGAAAUUUUAGGAGGACGCAGCUUUAAGUCAAAAUCCAGAACACAUUCGGACGCAUUCGGAGCGCAAGUCAGCAGUACUAAAGUCACGAAAUGUUAGUUGCGCCGCAACGGAAAUAUUGAUUUUCUCAGGACGUAAGAAAAACAUUUUGUGAAAAGUUUGAAAAAUUUUGCAAAGAAUGUUCGAUACCAGACAAAUCUCUUCAUCUACUCUGCUGGACGUCGAAGCAUAAACCUCAUGAAACUAGAAUUUGUUUUCAGAUUAAUACAGUUUAGUAUAAUUAUACAUAGGUGAUUAUUGAAAAUUCUCCACGCUGAUUGGUUGCCGUUGAGGUGAUUAUAACGCGAUAAUCACCUCGCCUUCGGCGAAUAAUUGUUAAAUAACAUGAUUUCUCAUAUUGGAAAAUAAUAAUAGUAGAUAAAACACGUUACACAUUAAAUUUCAGAAUGCAGUUGCCGCUUCAAUAUAAUAUCAUUCGCAAUGAUAUUAUGUUGAAGUGAUUUAUGUGGACUAUAUGCCAGCAAUUUAUAUAGUGUUAGCGUAAUGGAUGAUUUCAGCUAUAUAGACUAAAUUUUGAUCCAGACAAGAAGGACGAAAUCUAUCAUUAUAGCUUAAAAGAAGAUCCUUAAAUUAGUAAAAUUGCCAAAUUUGAUUGCAAAAUGUUGUAAAAUACGGAAAAUAUAGCCCUGUGAAAAGCAAAUUUGGAGUGUUUAAGUAUUUACGCGCGGACAAAUGCACCAAUUUUGAGCCGAAAGUGGUGCAUUUUUCCGCGCGUAAUACCAUGGAUUGUAAAAUAAAUUUAUUAUCCAUGGUAAUACUAAAAUACUCAAAAUUUGCUAAUUUUACAGGGCUAUAUUUUUCGUACUUUACUUACAACAUUUUGCAACCAUGCAAACUUUGCAAUUGUACUAAUUUUAGGAUGUUCUCUUGAGCUAUAUUUUAUAAUGAUAGAUUUCGUCUUUCUUGUCUAGAUAAAAAAUUAGUCGAUAGCUGAAUCAUCCAUUGUCAAUUUGAAAUUGUUACUAGAUUGUAAUAUUUAAUGAUUCAUUCAAUCAGUAUUUUUAAUGAGUUAAUUAUUCUCUAUGGUGGGUAAAUUAAAAAAAAUUUAAUUGCUUAACAUUCAUAAAUAAAGAUCGGUGGUAAGGACAACAGAACAUAAGUCCCUUAUUAAGUCCCACCAAAACACUACAAGACAAAUAUUACGUUGUGCAUACAAAGCCACAGAAAAAUUACAAUUUCUAAAUUGAACAAUUAAUUAAUUGGCUUUGUCGAGGGGUAAAUUCAAAUUAAUAUAAUCGAUUACCGAAAAUUAGCUACUAAUUUAUAGAAAUCGAUGAAGAAAAAAGCUGAUUUUGAAAUCAAGAAAUCUUAUACGCCUUACAUAUAAUUUACCCAUCGAGCAUGCCAAUACUAGACAUUUACGAACAACAGUUUGUCUGCAUGCAGUGAACGACACUUACUGCACAGUGUUUUCCAAGUUCCAGGCCUGUCUAUAUCGAAUAUCGUGUUCAGUUUAUUUUUGUAGUACUCAUAUAAUUUAGUUUUAAGGAUAGAAAGAGAUGAGGACAAUUUGACAUCACAAGGCAAGCAGUUCCAUAAAUACACAAUUAUAUUGAAGUACGAGUUUCUAAAGAGAACUGUUGUAUACAUAAGUUUGGACGCAGAAAUUAGUCACCAGAACUGGAACGGGUUGAAUGAUGGAGAGGUUUUUCAAUAUACCGAUCAAUAUCGUGUUCGUAUAUCCCGGUUUUCCAUUUAUAAUAAAAUACAAUGUCCUUGAUUUCCAGACAGUGUGACAGAGGAAUCAGGUUUAGGUUCUUUAAACGAUCCAGGUAAGAAGACUCAUAAUCUUGGAGAAUAAACCUGCGUUGAAUACUCUCAAGACGAAACAGAUCAGAUAGAAAACUAAAACUUUAUUGGUUGGUCAUUUAUGUGAUAUUCUUGAGGUGGAACUGAACUCUUCUUCCGAGAAAAACGCAUUGCAGCACACCUUUUGGCAUUAAAAUUUAAAUCCCAGGUAUAGAUGACAAUUGGUGGGGAGAAUUGAGGUCAGCUUGAAAAAGAUUUUUGUCCUUUGGUUUAACAAUUUCUCGGUAGCAUUUACUGUCAUCUGCAAACAUAGGAACCACGCUGUAAUUUGAUGCAUCAGGAAGAUCGUUUGAAUAAAUCAAAAACAGAAGAGGACCAAGUAUACUGCCUUGUGGAACCCCUGAUGUAGCGUUAAGGUAAGAAGAUGUGGCUCUGUUGACCUCCACUCGUUGACGUUUAAAAAAGUUUAAAAAUAGUUUUUGACGGGAAACGGAAUCAAAGGCUUUUGAAAAAUCCAAGUAAAUCAUGUCCGCUUCGUUGCCGCUAUCUUGUGCUUCGCCAACGUCGUGAAAAACACCGAGAAGUUGAGUAGUACAAGAUCGUGUUUUUGCGGAAUCCAUGUUGUAAUUCGUUUAGCGACGCCAAAACAAACUCAGACACAUGGAUAUGGAUGACUCGUUCCAGAAGUUUGGAUAUCAGGGAAAGCAAAGAAAUCGGUCGGUAGUUACUUAUAUCAUGACUAUCACCUUUCUUAUGAACUGGAACAACGUUUGCUGCCUUCCAUUCCUGAGGAACUUUGCCAAGUGAAAGUAACAUGUUGAAAAGCACUGUUAAAGAUGGGGUAAUUUCGUCGGAACAUUCUUUCAACAAUCUAGCAGAUAUUCCAUCAGGACCGGUGGCUUUGUCGGUAAUGAGGCUUGAUAAGAGAUUAUUCAUAUAUUCGGUUGAAACAGAAAUGGAAUCAAGAUCAUUCUGACUGUAAGCUGAAGGUGGAGGAAUGUGAGAAUUUGGGAUACCAGGACGAAAUAUCUGUUGAAAGCAUCAGCUUUUUUUUCUGCAGACAUGAUUUUCAGAGCGUCGAGGAACAUAGUGUCUGGUAGGGAAGAGCCAGUCGUCUUGGAUUUGAAGAAUCUCCAGACGUCUUUGGGCUUGUUUUUCACUGGGCUUGUCAACUUCGAAAUAUAUUCACGUUUCUUUGAUCGUAUCAGACUCUUGAAGUAACACCGCAGCUCUCGAAAUCGUUGCCAGAGUUUUGGAGAGUUAGACGACUUUGCCCUUUUCCUCAGGGAUUUGCUACGAAAACAAUUUGCCGACUGGGAUUCAAUAAUUUGCCGACUACCUGACGUUUGGGGAGGGGGGAGGGUUAAAUGUAGGAUGCUUUAUACCCGUACUUCAAUCUAUUUUAACAAUAAAAUAUUGUAUACCAAAAGCAAAAAUGGUGUAAAUACCAAUAUACCCGAAACCCUUGGCCGGGCUUGCCUAUAUUGACAUUGUUUCUAAUGUAUAUAUAUUACGCUAGAACUGAACGCAUUAUUUGAAGUGCCUGAGGUCCACUGGAGCGGAUGGAGUGACCUCUGUUUAUGAAAAUGUUCAUUUCGGUAACAAUACAGUACAGGAUUAAUGAUAGUGUUAAGAAACACGACAGUUCUUGUCCACGGGGCAAAAUAACUCACAGUCAAGUAUCCUAUAUCGUAAUACGACGCAUGCAUAAGCAGUACUAUAGCGGGAAGGUUACACAUGAAUAGAGAACCCAAGAUGGUGAACAUUCGAAUAAUUGUCUUCCUUUCACGACGACUUAAGGAUACAUCUUGUGCAAUAGUACGACAUUGUGAGGCAGUUUUGGACAUGGGAUUCACACGAUUUAUUUUGAUAUUUGCGUUGUUGCUGAUCUGUGAUGAAAUUUCGCUUCGGUUUCUAUCUAUAUGAAAAGAAAAGUGUAUUAUUUUGCGCUUUAGAAAGAAUAUGUGGAAUAUUUGUUCCAGGUUCAACAGUUGGUGUCAUAUAUGCAUGGGUGUCUUUCAUCUCUGUGAACGGGGUUUGUUCCUGCAAUUUGUAGUGGCUUAUUGAACAUCUAAGGAAAAUAGUCUCUAUCUUAUAGAGUUACCCAGUAUGAAUAAAGUUACUGUUAGUUAACAGAGGAGAAUAUUAAAGUUUAUGAGAUCACGGCAACCAGGUUUAUAUCAGAAAUAUUUCGUUACUCUAAUUUAAGUAAAUUCAUAUAGUUCGUGCAAUUCCUGAACAAACUAUAUUCACCACCCAACGUUACAGUCUAGUAAUAUCUUCAUCAGGAUUGGCAGGAAUGCCGAAAGUUGCAACAUGGCUCUUUAUAUGGGAUGACGUCAUAGUGAAAGGUAUUGCAUAUAAAUAUGGAUCAUCGUGCAUUAAAUUGGAAAGAUUGUAGCUAUCUACCACGAGGUAAUCUUCGCCUUGUUGGAUGGUGACGUCAUCCUUCCAGCAUGGACGGAUUUUCUGGGCCCCCCACCGCAAUAUUUUGCACCCCCAAGAAAGUUUUCCACCCCAACUAGAGAAAUUUGUACCCCUCCAAAAAAUUUAAAUGCUCAUUGGGAUAAAUGACAGUAGCGUGAUUGAAAUAAAGAUUUUGAACUAAGUAAGACUAAAACAAGGAGUUUGAAUAGAAAUUCUCAAAAUUUCCUGGGGGUUUCGGUCCCUUACCCUCGUUAGCAAGAAUAGCAACUGUGCCCCCAAGCCCCUGCUGCAGCUUGUUUGGCGGCGUUACGCGCCCCGCCACUCACCCCCCUCGUUUUCGGCACCCCUUCCCCAGAGAAAAAUUUGAAAAUUCGUCUAUGCCUUCCAGCAUAUAAGGACUAUAAGGAGCCAGGUUAACGUUGGGAUUAUAGAUCACCCCUGAAACAAUAGACUAGAGUGUUAAAACUUUGGGCCGAAAAUGUAGUAUCGAAACAUGUCAUAAAUGAAGUUGGUUUAGUUUAGGUUUCCUCCUGUAGAGAGAACAGUUUAGAGCUGACAGAGCUAUCCAGUAUAAAUUUAGUUAACAGAAGAGAAAAUAUUACCUGUAAUUUUUUGACUGUCAAGAAUCUGUAACUCUGUUCCACUUUGUCCAACUUUAUCAAUCCUUGAAUCUGCCUCUGUUUUCUCAAGCUCACACUCAAUUCCAUGAUUUUUCAUGGACCUUGCACAAACAACUGAUAAACUAGUUUUCUGUUUUUUCGUUGCUUCUUGUCUUUUCUUACAUCUUCGACAGACAAAGUAAAUUUUAACAUAUACAGUUAAAGCGUAAACUAAGCUGACCCCGAUAGUACUUGCGGUUAUCGUUCGAAAAAACGUCCUGUUAUUUACAACAUGAAGCAUUACUACCACAUAACUUCCCCAGAAAACAAAAACACUUAAGCUUAUGCCAACUACAUGAGCUCUCCGUAAAUGCACGCGAUGCCAUAUAGGAAAAACAACAGCUAACAGUCUCUCCGAUGUUAAAACAACUGCAGCCAUAAAGAAGCCAAAUCCAGCGAACACUGCAAAAAUGGUUUUGCUCGCAUUGUGCAGUUGGCACACAAAUAUUUUUUGAAGUUUUAAAACCACGCUUGUGAUAAAAACAGGCUGCGAUAUAAUGCUUUGGAGCAGGUCGAAUGAAGCAAGUAGAAAGAGUAAGGUGUUCGAUACAGGCUGUCUUGAUUUCGUCUUCAAAUAUCUGUAUACUACAAAUCCAUUUGAAAGUAAACUGAGUAUUACAAUUAAAAUAUUCACACAACAAACUGCUACGUCGCUUGCAAACAAUGACGUGGAAUUCGCAUUUCGUACUUCACUAGUAUACCAACAUCCUUUGCUGUUGAACAUUUUUAGAAAGAGCAAACAACUUGAACGUCCAAAACAGCAGACAAUGUACUACUGUACGACCUGCAAGCAGAAAAGAUAUUUUCAAAUUACGUCCCUAGACCUAGCUACACAGUAGACAAUGAAAAUGAAAAACAUUGCAUUGUUUUUAUUAAUGAUUAGUGCUACAAUGACGCACCGCCGCCAAGAUGGCCAAUCUAAAAUUCAUCUACUCAGACAAACGUGCGUCUAUAGGCAGAUGUGUUUAUAAAUAGGACAUGAGACGAACUAUAUCUGUUUUCAAAAAAACAUUGCCAGUAAUAUAGCGGCGCCAUUCUAGCUAUGGUUCGUCAGGAUAACUCGUCUUGCGUUUACAUACAGGAUGAUCGGUCUUUACCAAUGAUCCAUCCCUCGGGUCAUUAAUAACUUCUUAUUAACCGAGCGCGAGGUCUUUACAGACGAAGUCCGAUAUUUCUUUGUCAAGACCGAGCAAGCGAGAUUAAUAAAACGUUUAUUUUAUGGCAUUUAUAGUCGAAACAAAUAAGAAAUGCAUGAUUUGAAAUGCAUAUUAGUAGCGUAACAAAUUAAAUUGUAAUUUUCAAUUAGUUUUGCUGUUUUGUUUUAAAAUGCAUGCGUUUGUUUCUACGUCAUGGACCGCCGGUCCAUUACGGGAAAAUAAUGGACCGCUGAAAGUGUUUCUCAGCCAAUCACAGUCCGCCAUUUUACCGGAAGUAAUGCUUGCCAUAUAAUAAAUUUAAUAAUAUACAAUAACUAUACUGAGUACACUCACUAGCUUGCUUUAAAAAACAUACCUGUUUGGAAUUAUAUAAUAACGUUAAGAAUUCAAGCGCUUUCAUUGGUCGGAGUUACGUCACACAAAACCUUAUCCAAUAGCAUUCCCUUAUUAGUGAAUUACGUCACACAAAACCUUAUCCAAUAGCAUUCCCUUAUUUGUAUGGAUCACGUACGUGUGAUGUUUGUAAAAUUUGGACUAUAAAAAUUUAAUGAGAUUUACAAAUUAUUGUUUUUGACCGCCUUGUUGUAUUAACUAUUCAUCAUACAUAUUAGUAUCAUACAUUAUAUAGCAAUGUGUCACGUUACAUAUUUUCUAUUAGCAAUAAAAGUCGAGAUAAAAGUACUUCCCUACUAGGGAGUUUAAUUUUCGAAACAGGUUUGGUACAACACUUAGGAUUUUUUCUACUAGUUAGUGGCCAGAAAGAGGCCAAGGUACUUUUUGUGCAGAAGAACAUUUCUUCUCAGGUCGUAAGAAAAACAUUUUGUGAAAAGUUUGAAAAAUUUUGCAAAGAAUGUUUGAUACCCGACAAGUCUCUUCAAUCUACGAUGGAGGUCGAAGAAAAAAAACAACCCCGCAUUAAACUAGAAUUUGUUUUCAGACUUUUAAUUUUUUGUUGUUGAACAUGUUUUAUAAUAUUGAAAACAAUAACAGCAGAUAAAACCGUGACUUCUUUACAUUACUUUUUACACAUAUAACAUUUAAUAUACCUUUACUUAUUUUACGUUCUCUCAUCCUUGUUCAGUAAAUAGUAUCUUAGUGUUGCAAUUAUUUAGGAUAAGAGAAGAAAUGUUUUCACUUCUUAGGGUUUGGACUCAUUACAAAGACAACCGCAUCAAGUAUCUUUAAUGCAGGAGGAACAGGUUCGUUGUUUUCUGCUGCCGGAUUUGGUACUGCAGCCAGUAAAGGUUUUGGUGGCUUCGGCACAACCACAACAGCGGCCAGCAAAGGUUUUGGUGGAUUUGGGACAACCACCACUACUAGUGCCAGUAAAGGUUUUGGUGGGUUUGGAUUAACCACCGCAACAACAGCGAAUAAAGGAUUUGGAGGAUUUGGUACGACUACUGGAUUUGGUACAACUGGAAUUGGAG